AUGGAGAAAUAUACGCUGAGUUACCGAGUGGGCAACAUUUCCAUGGAAGCUAGGCCCAAGUUCGCGGAGAAUCUGGAGGCAAGGCCUCGAUUCAUGAGAAACGGGGUAUUCUGCAACACCCUUAUCUUGGCGAAGCCCCUUCUGAAGGAGGACGCCGUUUAUUGCAUCAAUAUGGACGAAUUCUGGCAUCAUAGCUUGCCCUAUGUUCACAAAAUUCUCGUCAUGUACUUGACCAACUUGAUCACUGGAAGUCAAGCAUUGAUAUACGCAAAAAGCGCUUGUCCUAAAAGCAAACUCCACCGAGGUUCUGACCAAUUCUGAUGAACUUGCUGACAUCAUUCUGGAGAUCUUAAUGCAAGUGCCCAUACCCUUGAGGCGAAACAUAGUGGCCAUAGUGUCUGACAGGUUCCGGAUGAACAUUCGUGCCCUGAGUAUAGUGGAGGUCCUAUGUCCUUACGUGCCACCUCCACACGUAUUCGAUGUGACACAUUUGUUAAAUUAUUUCAUAAAGGAAUCGGAUAUCUGCUGUGAAAACAAUGUUCUUUUGCUGGUGGACACUGUAUUCAAAAGAGAGGAAUACCGAAAUCAGCUUAACGAAAUACAGGAAGGAUGCGGAUCCAUUAAGGAGACUCUGAAGAACAUUUUCCAAGUCAUCGAUAAGGAUGAGUUCGUUUUGACAAAACUUAACAGCGACCGGAUGGAGCAAAAGGGGAAGUCAUUUGUGAGUCAUAUGCCGGUCAUGCCCCUAAAGAUGUGUGCCGAGGGUGGUGGAUUGCUGAGCUUUAUGGUCUAUGACGCAGCA